AUGGCCGAAGCGAACGCCGGCGACAAAGGCAACAGGUCGGCGGCGACGGCGGCGGAGGAGGAGAAGAAGACAGAGUCCGGAUUCAAGCUCAACGCGGAGGCGCCGGAGUUUGUCCCCAACAACUCCCAUUCUCCGACGGUGCCCGUCGCCGGCGUCUUCCACCCCUGGUACGGAUUUUUCGCCGGCGACGGGCUUCUGGGGACCGAUUGGUUCCACUUCAUCGGACAAGAGCCGCUCCAUGUCUUCUCCGACGCCGCCAUCCCCAGCAGCCCCGACAGCUCUUCCGACGCCCUUCACAAGAUCGUCAAGCAGGUCCCUCUUCUUCUGCAAGUGGUGCACUUUCUCGUCCUAGUCGAGCAGACAAGACCACCCUCACCCAUGAGAGAGAAAUAAAUACUUGUUGUUAGCGAAACUAGGCGGGCCAUCCUCCCCGUUGGAACGUAGUGACUAGGAUCUGCAAUCAUAAUAAAUGCGAUUUUCAUGUUAUUUCACUGGAGGGAUCGUUAGAUUAUUUUCGACGAAUGAAUAUGCGUGUGGACGGCAGGUGGAAUAUCAGCUGAGCAACGCGAAUCUGUCGGCAAAUGACUCCUUGGUGAAGCUUAUGAGCAAAGACCCGGAAGGCUACGGUGGGCUGCCCUUCACCCCCAUGACCUUUGAGACUUCUCUUCUACGGUAUUUUGAACUGAUCUACAUCAAUAUUCUCUCCCCCUCGCUCUGCUGUUGCAGUUCCAUUGUCUGCUCUGACGUCGUCGAAGAAGGUGAAGUCCCUUGGCAGCGACCAUCAGAAGCUCGCCACCGCUCUCCGGUCCUCGUCCAGACUCGUGAGCACCCUUCACUCUACUCCCCUCGCUGACCUUUCCAUCGGAGAGCACGGAACACAUGUCCAAUACAUGUCUUCUGGCUUAAAGUUGCGUAGGACGCUCCGAUCUUAUGGCCUCGUAUCAGGUCUCAUGUAUGCGGCUAGGAUGUAUUAGAUAGAAUACCCAGCGUUGACCGCGGGCGAACGAUAUCUCCUCCGAGAGACGUUCGUUAAUUGAUUGGACGCGGAUGACCUGGUUUAAUGCUUCUAAGUGAUGAUGGAAUCGCGUUCUUCAAUGCAUAAGGUCGUCAGCCAAGAUGGCAGCAAGGUCAGGAGAAGGCAGGCCUUCACCGAGAGGGACAAGGAGGAGUUGCAGGUCCCCCCUGAUACUACGACUGCCCCUCCUUAUCUCCGUACAUUCGAGUUGUCGGUGGUCUCUCAGGGUUUCUUCCUCUCUCUCUCUCUCUCUCUCCUGUUUGGCUUCCAGGCCCGGACGGUGGUCGUCGAGAAUCUGCCGGAGGACCAUUCACGCAAGAACCUCGAGAAGAUCUUCAGAGUGGCGGGAAGGUUUGACCCUCGGGCCCUUAAACCGAGUUCAUGCCGUGGCGUUAAGCUCCAUAAUCGUGAGAUUGAAUUCUCAAUGAGUCUCAGUAAGGGCGAUGAUGAUCUCCUUUGUUAAGAUCCUGAGACAAAGUAGGUGUACCUCUUCUCUUCUGUGAGCAGCAUCAAGAACAUUAAGGUCUGCCGUCCGCAGGAGCCCAGCGCAGUGAGAUCCUUGAAGGGGGACUUUGUGAUCAGCAACAAGGUAAGGCCCAUCAUCAUCAAGGAUGAGGGAAGCGAAUCAAUUUUAUUUCUUCUGACCGCCUCUUUCUUCUGGUUCUGCUGUUCGGUCUGAUAGCUGCAUGCCCUGGUGGAGUACGAGACCGUGGACCAAGCUGAGAGAGCCGUAAGCUCCUCCCCUCAUUUCUGACCAUUCGACCUUCUUCUUCUUCCCGGUUUCCCUCCGGUCGGAAUGAUGACUCUCUUUCGUUUGCGGUGGGUGGGGCUCGCAGGUGGAGAGACUAAACGAUGAGGGCAACUGGAGGAAAGGCCUCCGGGUCCGGAUUAUGCUCCGGCGGACGGUGGGUCGAGAUCCAGAAGACUUCCCAUCUCUGCUGCUUCUGCUUCUGUUUCUGCCGCAUGGGCUGGUUUCCUCGGGUCUUUCAAUGUCCGUCCAUUUGACCUACCUACCCGCUUUCUUGCAGCCGAGGUCGGUGAUCAGAGGAAGAAGAACGGAGUGCGAUCCCUUCGACGUGAACUCUGAAGACGAGGAGACGCACCAAUCGUCGGAGCCCGCCUCGGGCACCUCUCAGCCUCAAACGGGGCACUCCAUUGAUCAGAACGUGAGCGCUGUACCAGUUUUUCGCUUCUACUCCUCGCCAGAAUUGAUCUUCUUCUCGCACGAUCGUCAACACAAUCUGUUUCUCUGCAGAGCGAGGAGAGCCCAGGUGCAGGGAGAAGAACUUGGGCGGCAUCUCGGGGACGGGAAAAGCCCCGCGGCGGCUGCGGCGGUGGAGGAGUUGCGCAGACUCACACCGGCCGCGGGCUGCUCACCCUAUCCCCUCACGCCGGCGCCGGCCUCCCGCAGGCCGCUGCGCUGGGGAAGCAGGCGCCGCGCAGCCCGCGGCCGGCCGUCGACGGCGGCCGGGGCAUCCUGUCGCCGUUCCCAUCGGCCGCGGCGGCGGCGGUGGCGGGGGGCUCCGCUCAGGGCGAAACGUCAGGAAAGAGCAGCCCACGCGGCCCCAGAAUGCCCGACGGCACACGGGGCUUCUCCAUGGGCCGCGGGAAGCCCAUGGGCCCCACUGGCGGCGGCGCCGCGUGA